UUCUCUCUCGUGCAUGCACUUGAGCAACAUAGAGGACAGCGUGGGCGAGACCUCCGGUGGUGACUCGUAUGGUGGGUAUGAGGGAGUGGAACACCUCAAACGUCACUCCCUGAGCCACGCCAGGGCCGCCAGCUGUGAGUCUCUCGCCUACGGGUGUCGGGCCGUCGCCGCCGCUACUGAUGGGGUGAGACCCAGCUUGGGUAACUAUGGUGCUGGCAACAUGAGGCGCCGUGGGGUAACUGCACUUGGUGUUAGCGCCAGGCUUAACUCUCUGAAUUCUGCUUUUUAUGGUGGUGGGACAAGCAUGGGUGAUGGUGGUGGUGGGCAAAGUAUUGGUGGUGGUGAAUCAGGCAGUGGGAGUGGACCUGUGAGUUUUAGUGGCGUUGGUGUCACCGGUGGUGAUGAAGUGGCGGAGGAAAGCUUUAUAUUCGUUGAGAAGUCGCACCUCGACUAUCAUGUGGCGUCUUGCGAGGUGCUGAGGGACGGCAGUGAAGUCAAACCCAGCACUGGGCAGACGCUCUCCAGGCUUCAGAAGAUUGGUUCCCCGUUACUUGGGGAGCGCAAGACGUGGCACGAGGACGAGGCCUUCGUCAAGCAGGUGGUGGAAGAGUACUUUCAAGACCCCGUGGAGGAGUACUUCAAGGAGUCCACCUCCCUAUCUGACUGCGAUGUAAACAAGUCUGAGGCGUCACUUCCGCCUGCUGAGACCAAGAGCUCGAUCAUCGUUGAAAAUCUAGCUCUGCAGGGCUCAUCUGCAGGUCUUCACAAGUCAUCAUCCUGUUCCUCGUCGUCGUCUUCCACGGGUUCGGCUUCUGGUUCUUCGUCUUCUGAGGAGAACGAAAAAGGCAACGUUGGAAAAGGGGUAGAUUGCGGAAGUCCAAGUGUUGAUACCACGUAUUGUGACACGGACGAGAGUAAUUCGUGGUUUACCGACGACUCUGAGGGUUACGAGGCUGACGCUGAGCCCAGCGACAAGGAUACACUAAGGCAGGUGUGGCGCCGCUGGCGUAGUGCGCCAGACGUACGACUACCUAGUGACGUAAGGGCCAAGUUGCGGGGACAACAAUUGGGCCAAGCUGCGGCGGCGGCGGCACCGCUUGGAGAUGCUGCCUACUCUAGCGGCAGAGGCAAUAGCAGUGCCACUAAGAAUGGUGUCGGGCGAGGAUGGUGGCGGGAUGAAGUUAGUGGCGUGGAGGGGCAGGGUGGGGAGGCUACCGCCCACGCCAUCCCAUAUAAACACUCGCUGGUAUGUGGCUACCAGACCCGCAAGUCCUGCAGUGUUGACGAGACUAAGCUCUCGCGUCUAAGGCUCGGCCUCCGCAAGGUGAAAGAACAUAAACUUUUGCAGUUUCCUCAACACGACCUCGACAGGAAGAGGCGACCUUCCAAAGUUAAUUGCCAAAGUACUAGAAAUGACAGCGCGCGAGUGGGUGGCGAGGGUACACUGAACUCUGUUAACACAAGCUCUGAUACACAGGAAGCAGACGCUCAUGUGUUCACUGCUGGAGUAGAAAACCUGGAAUUUGUUAAUGGAAAAUAUAAAACUGGUUCUGGAAAGACUGAGUUCCGGGAGGUCGUGUGUGAGUGUGUUCGCAAAACUGUGGACAAAGUAAGUAUAGAAGAAAGUGAAAGGUGUGGUGAGCGCCCUGGCUGUCGGGAUAAUAGUGUAGAGGGGAGUGUGAGUGUAGACGAUAGCACCACAGAGAGAACCCAGAGAGUUCUCAGCCAGGGUCUAAUUAUUCACCACUCGUCUACUGUUCAUGACUCCCACUCCAUCCUCAACGCCAGUGUCAUCAAAAAUGCCCUCUCCAUCCUCAGGGAGAGUAUAGCAGCUCAGGAACUUGAAACAACAAAACCAUUGUCUUGUGCAACCGUGGCCACGUCAGGAGAGUGUGGCAUGCCAAGUGAGAGAGGAGAGAGCAAGGGGAGAGACACUGAGAAUACUUCAGUGAAUAACGAGGAAGACGAAGUCCAGGUGGGUUAUAAAGUAGCUGAGGUGGAGAGUCAGAACACCACUCAUCUAACCGACGGAAUCAGAACACUUAAGAACCAGGACGAAAGUGGGAGUGCAGUUGAAGAAGCUGGAAACACGAUAAAGGGUGCAAUCGAGCAAGGCCACGCUGAAGGUGCGAGUGUUUAUAAAGUGCAGCGGGACAGUGAGAUGAAUAAAAGCAACGUCACCAUUCACCUGACGCCACCUCUUCCUCGGAGACCCAGCAAGGACGAUGAAACUAAAUCAUGCACAGGGUCCACUGCUCUUACCCAGCCUUCUGUCUCGCCCCCACAGUUCUUUCCUCUGGGGUCGAGGGAAAGAUCAGCCGGUAAGGUAUAUGAGAAUGACAGCUGUACCUACCAAAACAUCGAACCUCAGGAUGGGUCUAGCGUAAAAAGUGAAAGUCAUCAAAUGAACGAUAGGUUAGUUAGUGGGAGCAAUCAGAGGUUAAGACUACUGCUUAAAGCUGACCCGUCGCAGCAGUUCUCCAGCAUGGAUUCCUCACGGAGUGUAAGGACGUCACCAGAUUGGAGAGCUAGCACAGCUAGUACUGACACCCUCUCCUCAUCCAGCGGCACAAGCAGCUGCUGCCACACAAGACCAAAACUCAAAUCCAAAACGUCGAAAAAGUUGUCCCCACAGUCCCCGGGUCAUAGUCGCCGACGGCAGAAUGUUGCUGACAGCGGCUCCGGCACCACCAGCUCCUCGUCGAUCAAGGUAUUCGGUAACGAAUUCCACCUGCACCGUGUGCAGGUGGGUACUGGCAGUGAUCGUAAAUUUGCCCAAGCGACGCAACGAACAGUAGUCGAAGUGCCAGUGAGUUGUGGGGAGCAGAGCGACAGCCAGACGCUCGUUUCCCCCCACGGGGAGUGCGAGCAGGGUGGUGGUGGGGCCACAGUGCAAAAGAGUGAGUUGGUGCUUGGGCCGCCCCAGUUCCGUGGUAGCCAAGGCAGCAGACACAAGCAUCCACCCACCUUUCUCAGCUCCUCAUUUCCCAACAGCAACAUCUGUAUUUCAGAGUACAACAUCGGCGAUGCUCGCCCCAAACUCCCAGAGUCUCCCGGGCUCUUGGCGCACGAAUUUAAACUAUCCAAUAUUGAUGCUAAAACCCCGGAAUCAGUGAGCGAUGCAAAGCAUGAUAAAGUAACAAGGAAUUCCAGCAAGAGCAACUCAAAAAACAAGUCCAAAUCAAAACCUCGUAAGUAUUUCUCUGGUAUUCUGAAUGCCAUUGGCUCGGCUGGCCCACGGUUGAGAUUCGUGGGCACAGGUAAUGAUAAUCAGGAAAGUGGUAGGAAGGAGCAUGGAGAACGGGUGGUGAGUGAGGGAAGCAGUGGUAUAGUCUUUCCUUGUGGGCGUACUUCAGGGUGCGGCUAUCCCACGCCCAACAGCGGUGACCAGCUUGCUGAGUGUAGGUCCCGCCCUCCCACAACGUCAUUGGGUGAUGGCAAGCCUCACGUGGCCAUCUCCACUAAAAUUGAGGUAAUACAGGUGCCAGCCAACACUAAAGAUAGCGCAAGCGGCUCAUCACACACCAUUUCCAAUGACGUUCAAGUUCCCAGCCCACGACCACGACGCGCCCGCAAGAAUAGCCAUGACUCUGCAGAUAACGUCGUCGGCCCAACACCGCCCACACGUCGCAAAAACACCGAAAUAUCUCCAAGUAAAACAAUUAUAAAUGGGAGUAACGAAAAGAGUGGGUAUCGUUUUGAGAGCCCGCAAGCGAGUCCACAAGCGAGGCGUGGCCAGGAGCCAAAAUCACACUCAGUAGAAAGGAACUUCCGGUGCAAUCUGCCCGCCUCCGCCCUGCAUCCUCACGACACCCACACUGACGCUCACCAACACCCAAACGACACCAACACCGACGAUCACCAACAUCCCGACGUACACACACAAGCAGCCUAUGAGAAUUUAACCUUUCAUGAAAAACAUUCUUUUGAGAAGUUUGAAAGUCCCACAUCUGCAAAUAACCGUGCCACCAACGAGGCAAAUAUUGUUACAAGUGUAGUAGAGAUUUCCCAGUCGCCUGUGAGGUCAAGCAUUCUCGGACAAGGAUCAGAUAGCCACAGGAGUGUGCAAUCAACGUCAGGGGAACACACUAGUUCACAAUCAGCUGGAGCACAUGGUGGGGGCAGCAACAGUUUACUGCAUCAAACAUCAGGAACGAGCAGCGGUCAUUCAAACGGGGAGAAAAAACGCAGACAUGAAAAUAAUAGCGAUUUGGGAAGAUGCAGUUUCGGGGAUAAUGUCAGAGGGGUGACAGAGGAACCUGUUAGUGGAUCAGGGAAAAACAACAGCGGAUCGAGCAGAGAUAAAGAAAACAACCAAACACAUACCACUGACUCGAGAAAAGAGAUGAAUGGAAUUCGUUUUGGGAAUUAUAGCGAUGAGUGGUACAGGAUUAGUGAAAAUGUGGAGAGUGGGAGAUGCAUCAAGAAGGGCAACUCCGCUAUUUCUUCUGGAGCAGACUCCGUUAGCACACCUGGUCGCCGGCGACGUUCUCGACCACCUUCUUUGCCCACCACGCCCCCUCAAUCUUCCCGGGCUCGCAGGACAUCUCAGUCGUCAGUCACGUCAGGAGGGUCGUUGCCCUCAUCUCCUACACGUUGGAGAAGACCUCAGGCCGAGGACACAUGGGAAGACAGUUCUAUUGAUGGUUCACACGAGGGCCGGCUCUCAAACUCUCCCUCAGCUGAGUCUGUAGCGUCGGAAUCAACAUCGUUUUACUACAGUGCCGCGGGAUCAGUGUACGACCGCCCCAAAUCAUUCAAUGACGAUGCCACAGCGCGCUACUCCUUCGUCACGUGUCCACAGUAUGAACCGUUGACCCCACUUCAGGAAACUAUUGCUGAGGGCGCGCCAGCACCUGCUACACCAGUCAAACCCCAGGAUCAUACUAGCGCUACCAACAUUUCCAGAACCAUCAGCGGGGACCUCAACUGUGAUGUUGAUGUCAGUCUUUCCGAGGGAGAGAUUAAGAUUCGUGUUCGCACUGAGGAUGCAGACGUUAUAUCCUCAACAUCGAUACAUAGUGGUGAUAGUGAUAAUGAUACAGAUAGUGAUAGCGAUGAUUAUGAAUUAUGCAGUGAUAUUAAAGAUAUAGAAGAGGCAAAAAAAUGUGAUUCUUCUGAUAUUUGUCAUUCAACGUGUGAUUCUGAAAAAUUAUCUAUUCGUGAAUCUGAGGAUGAGCCGCUGGUAAGUGAUGGAAUGGUUCAUGCAGUGCCCUGCGUGGCCGGGACAGACUCCUCCAAUAGGUCGAGCUUGUCCGGUUGUAGUUUUCCAACUUUUCACGGCGGUUACCUGGAUUCGUUAGGUUCACAAGACUCUGGUAAAAGGGAGAGUGACCUGGCUCAUGCCACUCCCUGUUGGGCCACCACAGACUCUGAUAUGAGGUCCAGUGUCUCUAGCAGCGACUACUACGGUAAGGUCUACCUCAGUGCCACACACGAGGAACGCGUUUACGAACCCACGUAUGAAAACGUAAAGGAACAAAGUCCCCUGCGCAGUGUCCAUGAAAGCAACUCUGACAUAAUUGAAGAAAGCUGCUCUAGCGAACCCAAUACACAGAAGCGUCGUUUGUCUGGCGUGUGGACCACAGUUGGUGAAGUUGAUGAUAGUGAGUGGGAGGAAACACGGUCUACAGAUCUUCCGGAGUACUUACACAAAGUAAACACUUCUGAUUGUGUAGAAAGUGAGGCGUCAAAGUCUCCGCCCCUCGUCUCUCGAGCGAGUGACGAGUACCAGCCAGUGUAUCAUGAUCCAUCAGAGUGCUCCACAAUGGACGAGGAAUUCAUUCCUGAAGAAGUUCAGCCUAUAUCACCAAUUCUACAAUUUAAUCGCAAGACUUCUUCGGUAGAUGAAAGAGAACCGAACAAAGAGUCAGCACCGCCGAAGUGUUCCAGUGACAGCCAACAUGAUGUUCCUGGGUGGGAGCCACACACAGCUGCUUGGGAGUGGCAUAAGACCGUGUGGGACCAUCAUCAACAACUUCACCAGCACCAUCUACAUCACCUACGCCAACAUCACCACCACCAUCAGUCUCUCUUGGCAGAAGUCAUGUCAUGUUUAGGCGGGCGGUGGGGUAUGGGGGUUGGGCCCUGGUGCCAACAGUCCUACCCUGAGAGUGCCGGCUGCCCGAAAGGCAGUGGCUGUGCCCACCUGCAGGACACGCCCACUCCUGACUGCCGAUGUUCGGGGCACUUCAAAGACGACCCUCCAUACCGACCUGCUAGUGCCUCGUCCUGUGACAUGGGGAAGCCGCCACCAUCGCCGCUGCCGCCCUCUGGCUCACAUAAAAGUCGCGACACAUCCUCGGUGCCUCGAGAAGGAUCAAGGCCGCAGAGCAGACAAUCUCGUUCUAGACGAAGGGCUCACUCUGCCAACUCGAAAUAUAGAGUCGAGCUAGAAAUCUCUCCCCACCUACUCUCUCGACCAAGGCCUUCCUCAUUCAGUAGCCUAGUCACAAGAAGAGCCAGCACAAACUCUCCUGAACCUCUUGAAGACGACCUUACCCAGGAAGCUCUUCUCUAUAUGUCAGAAACUGGAUACAACCACAGCGUUGACGCCUCGCGCCGCCGGUUGGCGGAACGCAAGAAGAAUGAAGGCAAUGAGCUGUACAAGAAUAAGGAUUACAGAGAGGCCCUCAAGCUCUACACCCAGGCCAUUGACUUGUGUCCAGAUUGUGCGGCCUACUUUAGCAAUCGGUCGGCAUGUUACAUGAUGCUUGGCAAGUAUUAUGAAGCUCUCAAUGAUGCCAGAGAAGCAGUGCGGUUAGAUACAUCUUUUGUAAAGGGCUACCUCCGUGUUGCAAAGUGUAAUAUAGCCCUCGGAGAUGCCACUGCAGCACUCUCGGUUCUGAGACAGGCAAGCGAGUUAGAACCUAAUAACAAGGCCAUCAGGGAGGAGACGACCAAAGCCCAGAGUCUUAUUCGCUGUCAAGAAGAAGUGGAAAAGGCUAAAGCAAAGGCUGACUAUAGGACAGCCAUAUUCCAUUUGGAUAGAGCGUUAGAUCAAGCGGUUGGAUGUCGAAGCCUCAAAAUUACCAAGGCAGAAUACCUCGUGUUCUUGCAGCGCUAUGCUGAUGCACAAGAGAUGGUCAACGAGAUUCUUCAGUAUGAAAGUGGAAAUGCAGAUGCGAUAUAUGUAAGAGGAAUGUGCCUCUACUACCAGGAUAACCCUGAAGCCGCUUUCAACCAUUUCCAACAUGUCCUACGCUUAGCACCUGAUCACCAGAAGGCUCGCGAUGUUUAUAAGAAAGCAAAGCUAUUAAAGCAGAAGAAAGAAGAGGGUAAUGAGGCAUUCAAAAAGGGAAACUUCCAGGAGGCAUUAAAUUUAUAUACAGAGGCUCUUGCUAUUGAUCCUCUUAAUAAACAUACCAAUGCCAAACUUUACUUUAAUCGUGCCACAGUUGGAUUUAAGCUAAAUAAAUAUGAGCUAGCCACAGAAGAUUGCACAGCAGCUAUAAAUCUUGAUGAGGGCUACGUGAAAGCAUACCUUCGUCGAGCCAAGUGUUACCAGUUAUUAGAGAAGCAUGAAGAGGCUGUGAGAGACUAUGAAAAAGUUACUCGUCUAGACCGUAAUCAAGAACAUAAACGAUUACUACACGAAGCCAAAAUUGAGCUGAAGCGGUCAAAGAGGAAGGACUAUUACAAGAUUUUGGGUGUGCAAAAAACAGCCUCUGAUGACGAAAUCAAGAAGUCCUAUCGUAAGAUGGCAUUAGUACAUCAUCCAGAUCGCCAUGCUAAUGCAAGUGAUAAGGACAAACAUGAACAUGAAAUCAAAUUCAAGGAGAUAGGAGAAGCAUACUCGGUGUUGACUGAUGCCAAGAAACGUGCAAUGUACGAUAGAGGACAAGACAUCAAUGAUCAUGAUGGUGGCUUUGGACAUGAUGACAUUGAUCCUAAUCAAAUAUUCCAAGCCUUCUUUGGAGGAGGCCAUGGAGGAUAAAACCUUUGGUGGUCAUAAUCCCGG